GCUUAUUCUAAAGACGAAGGAGGCAGGAAGAAGUACACGAGCGCCUCGGACAUAGAAUCUGUUUUGUCACAAAACAUUAUUUACUUCCACUAAUACGCCGGCGAUAAAGAAGCUGCAUCGGGAUUUUCUAAUCUUGGGUUGUUGUCAUUUUCCUGGCAAGGAUGUCUUUCAGAAUAGUAACAAAGCUAAUUUGUGGUCUAGCGGGCAGUUCUGCGCUGCUUGUGGCAAUGGCAGAAUCAAGAGGAUAUCUGGAAAGACCAAGCCAUGCUGAAAGUUCAAGGAUCUGGACUGCCCUCGCAGUUCUUCAAGCAGCACAACCUCAGUCUUGGUCAACAGGCCAGGACUACAGUAGGACUACCUGGGACAAUAAUUGGGAUAGGCGUGACCCCUUGUCACUCACAAAUGGAAAGAAGAGAAGGAACGGCAAAGAGAGUACCAACGACGAACCGAUGACAGAAUUGGAGAAUAACAAACCCAAAGCUACUCGACACAUCUUCUUAAUCCGUCACUCUCAGUACAAUCUGAAUGGGACAGUUGACAAGGAAAGAGUUUUAACUCCUUUAGGCCGGGAGCAAGCCGAGUUUACAGGCCAGCGAUUGGCUGCCCUGGGGCUGAAGUAUGAUGUUUUGAUCCAUUCAACGAUGACCCGUGCCACAGAAACUGCCAACAUUAUAAGCAAACAUCUGCCAGAUGUGGAUCUGGUAAGCUGUGACCUGCUAAGAGAGGGUGCUCCCAUUGAGCCAGUACCACCCAUUUCCUGGAAACCAGACUGUGUGUACCACGAGGACGGGGCUCGCAUCGAGGCAGCUUUCCGCCGCUACAUCCACCGCGCCGACGCCAAACAGACUGAGGACAGCUACGAGAUUAUCGUCUGUCACGCUAAUGUCAUUCGCUACUUCGUGUGCAGAGCGCUGCAGUUUCCUCCGGAGGGGUGGCUGCGUCUCGGACUGAACAACGGUAGCAUCACCUGGGUCACCAUCAGACCGAGCGGUAGAGUAGGACUGAGGAUGAUGGGAGACUCUGGAUUCAUGCCGCCUGAUAAACUCACCCGUACUUAAGACAUCUCCAGCACGGAUCGCCAAAAUAUGCCUCAAACCCGACCCAACUUGGCCUGACUUGCUGAAACCGUUAUCUCCGCAGAGGACCUGAUAGCGUUCAGUCGAAAUAUUUUUGGGGAAAAAAGGGGGUUUUGUAUGGAACAAUGUAUUUGAACAAUGUAUUUUACACCAUGCCAUUUGUAUGUUAAUUUAUAAAACUAUUCUUUAUUGGUCAUAUGUUCUGGGAAUAAACCUGAAUAUUAGAACAGU